AUGUUGAAUCAGAAUUCGAACAAGCAUCGUCAGCCUGCUAGUUUUUCUCAUCCGAUCCAGGCUCAUGAUAUGCGUCAGGCUGAAUUCGACUGCAAUCUUAGUCUACUAUUAGUCUCCUGUGCCAGUCAACCAACUGCGAUUUUAGCCGUCUUACCGAUCGUCUCAGCGAUGGAUAUUUCGAUUUCGGAAGUCACUCCUUCGAAUAAGGAACCAGAUCAUUUAACUAGGUUGGCCGAUGACAUCACUCAGGACGCCCCCAAAGUCCUAAGUUGUAGGUUUAGUAUCGGAGGUGAUCAACUCAUUGAAGUAUCAAGUUUCGACAGGCAGGCGUUGAAGGAUGCGAUUUCAGAAAUUCGAAGGCUCACGGCGAUCGCUGGUUGA